AUGUCACAGUGUUUCGAUUUGUCGCGUUGCUUAGAACAGCACGAAUUCCGUGUUUAUGUUUAUCCAUCCGAUAACGAAUCAGCAAUGUCUGUCGUUUAUAGUAAUAUACUAAAAAAUUACGUGAAAUACGUGAAUGAAUUGAUUGCGAGUUUGCCAAGUGAAAUUUGGAAUUCUGGUCGGAACCACAUCAUUUACAAUCUUUAUCAUGGUACAUAUCCGAACUACUCAGAUCACGAUCUUGGUUUCAACACCGGCUACGCGAUUAUCGCUCGCGCCAGCGCAAAUGCUCAGGUUUUUCGAGAAGAGUUUGAUUUAUCGUUUCCACUUUUCCAUGAACAGCAUCCACUGAGAACAACUGUAGAGGCAGAAUGGUCAUUGAAUAUGGUAGACAAAUAUUUGGUAAGCUUCAAGGGCAAGCGAUAUGUGUAUGGAAUAGGCUCGGAAACGCGUGAUUCGCUUUACCACCUACACAACGGACAUUCAGUGGUGAUGGUUACAACAUGCAAGCAUAACACAGAUUGGAAAAAAUAUGAGGAUGACCGUUGCGAAGCAGAUAAUGUCGAAUAUGACCGGUGA